AGUUUCAGCCAGCAAACAGAAAAAGGGUGGAAGAAAGUGAAAGAAAGAAAGAGAAAGAGGUUUGAGCAGUUUAACCUUUGAAAAGGGUCUUGUUCCAGAAAUACACAUGGGCAGGAUGUAUUUAUGGAUGGAGUUUGCAAGGCUCUCAUCAGCUUUUUGCUCCAACCUGAUCCACACUGGCCAAAAUCUCUGCAGAAGCAGUAAGCUGUUAGAUGACUUUUUUUUUUUUUUUCAAGGGGAUGGGAAAUCCAAUUACCAGACUCUCAGCAAAGGAGCACAGAUUCAGUCCCCAGAUUCAGUGUCCAGCAGAAACAGGCAGGGCUUUAAAUAUCACCCACCAGUUGCUCUUGCACAGAAUAACAUAACUGCAGGAAUUGUUAAUCAAAUUACUACAUUGAAAAUUUAAGUGGUUGAACCUGCUCAGAGAGACAAAAUAAAAUCAAUUAGUAGAUAGAAGAUGAUGCUUUAAAGGUGAUUUUUUUUUCUUUUUCAAUCAUUCUCCCAGUUCCCUGCCUGAGCUUCAUGAGCAGUACACACUCAGGAGCACCCUCAGAAUCAUGGAACAGCAAACUGAAGAGGCAAAGAAGGAAAACACAGAAGGUUCUGUCUAUCUCUUGCUUCUCUGUCACAAAGAUCCUGACCAAGGCAUUCAAAGAGCUUUUCCAAAGAUAAAAGCACGUGCAUGACCAUUGUGGUGCCUACCAAACCAGGCAUAAGCCAAAAUACCAUUGUUUCGAUCAAAGAGUUUUAAAUCCCACAGUAACCAGAAGGUCCCUCCAGCAGGAGCAUGGAGCUCUCAAGGUCAGAGCAUCUCUCCAGAGAUGAGAAGCUCUUUGUGCUGAGGUGAGCUGCUCCAUGGCAUCACAUCUCAGGGCUGACAAACACUGAAAGCCUGACAUGGCCUGGUUUGCACCACGGUCCCACAUUACAUCAUCGUUCAGCCACGGGCUCACCAGAACCACAUUCCCACCCCAGAAGCCUAUUUUCUCCCCCAAAUUGGUCCUGCAGUGCAAACAGUGCUCAGACUGACAGCUGCUGACCAGAGCAGGGUUGCCAGGCUGUUUGCAUAGCACAGUGCGGAGCACGCUCAGCAGCGCUAGCUGAUUCCUCACUGCAACAAUGGAAAAACCCAGAAAUCUCAGUGAAUAAGCCAGUCUGUGUCCUAAGUCAGUCCUUGGAUUUCCUCCCUUUCUUGAGCCUGUCUCGCCUCUGCACAGGCUCCACUGGGGCUCUGCAGCCAGCCUCAGGAGCAGAAAUCUCAACAAGCUCACAGUUAUAUGCUCAGCUCUCAGCUGUUUGCUGCAGCCAGGAACUGGCUGGAAAUCAGUUCAAAAUGUUCCAAUUCCAAACCCCACCCUGCAACCCCUGGAUCUCUCUCUUCACAGAAGCAUGCACUGAGGCUUUUAACUGCUUUGCUUUAGCCUUCUUUAUUGGGAGAGUAGGGGACAUCCCUUGUGGCAUUAAUUCAUCUUUGCCACCACUACCCUAAGACAGAAGGCAAGGCAGAUGCCACUCCCAGCUCCAGCAGUGAUUCUUUUGUUUUGCUACUUCUCCAUCUCUUUACCAAUGCCAAUGCUUUUCCCUUUCCACAGCUCAGCCUCGAGAGCCACAGGCACUGCCACCUACCUCCACACCACUGCCUGGCAUUUCAAAUCCACCAGCCUAUGUCCCACCACUUCCCUGCAGGCUCUGAUGCUGCUUCCCUUGUUGGAAGGCACCAGGUGUCCUGACCACGACCAUAUUAUCCUCUACUGUUCAUAAAAAAAAAAAAGACACAGAAAGAAAAGAAAUUAAGACUGUCUUUACACUCCCUUUCUUGGCCAGCUCUUCAAUGCAGCCUAGAUCUGGAAGUGUUCAACCAAAAUUUUGCAUUGCAAGAGCAAUUGCUGUGCUGUUGGCCUUUGGCAUGACCCCGUAGCACUCCCACCUUCUCCAAUCCCUGUUUAGGAAAACUCCUCUAGAAUCAGUGAACAAAGGCACCCCAUCCCCCACCAGGAACUUUCCUCUAUGGUAACAGGACCCAGUGCUCCUCCCCAAGCCAGCUAAGGCUAAGUAGAACCUCAGAAUCUGCUGGAAGCUCCAGCAGGAGGUGGCUGUGGAGCUCAGCAGUGCUCCCUGCUAUGCUGUUCAACCAAAGCAGGCUGUUUUCCUCCCUGCAGAUGAAUCUGGGCCCUGCUCAGCAGGCACCAGGGAGGUUCUCCACAAAGCAGGUCUACAUUGGUUCUUCCCAAGUAUUUGCCUCCCAUUUUCCUCCAGAGAUGAAAACUACUUCUGCACAUCGCUCAGCAGCAGGGCCAGGCAGGGCCGUGGACACUCCUCUGCCUGGUGCCAAGGGGUUAAGCUCACAGUAAGUUCCCAAAGCCAGUUGUUUCCAACUGGCUGCUGCCUGUGGUUUGUGGGAAGGGAUUUUGCUUUUUAAUAACAUUAUAAAUAGGGCUGUGUUCAGUAUGCUGCAAGCUCGAUUACUCUCUCUCUCUCUCUCCUACCCGUCACUCUCCUCCUCCCGCUUCUCUUUCUACCACACUUAAUUCCAGAUCUGACCAUGAAUGGGUCAGGCUUCCUCCUCGGUGUCCUCAGCCUGCUGGCAUGUCUCAUCUCCACCAUGCAGGCAUGUCCCCCCAGAUGCCACUGCCACGGUGGAGACCUGCAGCACGUCAUCUGUGACAAUGCGGGGCUGAAGAAGAUCCCCAAAGUGCCUGAGCAGACACGGCUUCUCAACCUGCAGAAGAACAACUUCCCCAUCCUGCCGACCAACGGCUUCCGAGACAUGAAAAAGCUGGUGUCCCUGCACCUCCAGAGCUCUCGGAUCAAGGAGAUCUCCACUGGAGCCUUCCGGGGGCUCAAGAGCCUGGUCUACCUCUAUCUCACCGACAACCAGAUCAGUGUUAUAAAGCCAGGAGCCUUCGAUGAUCUCUCUGAUCUCACCUACCUGUACCUGGACAAGAACAAGAUCCCAGAUCUAUCCAAAGGGCUCCUCUCCCCUCUUGUCAACCUCUUCAUCCUGCACUUGGGCAGCAAUAAAAUCCAGGAGCUGAAACCAGGGGUCUUCAAUGGGGCUAAAGAUCUGCGCUGGCUCUUCCUCUCCGACAACUCCCUCACCAACCUCCUACCCGGGGCCAUGGAGGAUGUAGAAAACCUUGCUGUCCUCCACCUGGACAAGAACCAGCUGAGCAGCUACCCUGUGAAUGCAAUGAGUAAGCUGAGAGUGCUGGAGGAACUGAAACUUUCUCAUAACCCAAUUGAGGUCAUCCCUGACAAUGCCUUCCAGUCCUUCGGGCGAUACCUGCAGACACUCCACCUGGACAACAUGAAACUGAAGAAGUUUGCAGACAACGCGUUUGCUGGCGUGACCGGGCUGAAAACCGCCCACGUGGAGAACAACCGGCUCACCCAAUUGCCCCGAAACUUCCCUUUUGACAAAAUGGAGACGCUGACAAUCUCCCAAAACCCCUGGCACUGCAACUGCCAGCUGGCACCUCUGCGCAAGUGGCUGAAAGGCAACCGCACCCGUGCUGAGGACACCUGCUCCACACCAGCCCAGCACCGGGGACAGCCCAUCAGGGACACCCCGGCCCUCCGCUCCUGCAAGCUGCCCACCAAGAGGUCCAGGAAGGGGAGCCGCCAUUAAACACCAGGCUCCGGUAUGGCCCGUCCUGGUGACUGGUCACUUCAACCAUCAGAAAACUACUGACUUCUGAGUCCUUCCUUGAGCUUCUCCUACCUGUCAGGAAACACUUCUGAUAUAUAUGAACACCUGCAGCCUCCUCUGAAUCCCUGCUUCUCUGCUGAUCAAAGGAUGGAAUCCACUUCCCAAUCUUUUCCAACAUCUAUGUAUUUUAAAAGAGGCCUUUUUAAAAACUAAACUAUGCAUGACCAUACUAAGACAAGCUAGGCUAGAUCCUGCUGGUAAAACACAUUCAUCUUUCCCAGAAGAGACAUAACCCACAUCCCUGAUCAACCAGCUGGUUGCUGUCUUUCCCAUUCCAGAGGAGAGGGAGCAAAUGGGAAGGUAGAAGCAUCCCUCCCCCAGCUGCUUCAUAAGGAAAAUUGGUCUCAACCCAUGCAAAGAGACUCCCCUGCCUUCCCACAGAGGGGAUCCCUGCAGGCCAGGGCUGAGGGGACAGAUGAAGCAGUGACUAAGAGCCAGUGGCCCUGAGGCAGCAAUCUCCCAAAACUGGCCAGAAAUCCUUUAAGGGAAACAGUAUUGGGAACUUCCAAAACUGGAGCCAUCUGAAGACUGGAUUUCCUCUCCACUCUGUGGGGUCACCAGGAUGUCCAAGAGGAGAAGGUGUGCAGUUGGCACAGGCACGCCUCCUCUCCUUCCCACCUAUACUCCAGAGGAUCUAGCAGAACACCAGGAUGGCUAUGGUUCAUUGUCACAGCUAUUUCAAAGCCACAGUUGCAAUUCAACUAUAUUUUUUAAUCCUGAAGAGUUAUAUAAAUAUAUGUCUAUUUAUUCCUCUGUAACAGUGUAAAUGACCUUUAAGAGGGUGAAAACUCCUCUGCCUCCUAUAUAGAAAUCUAAUUGUAUAUUUUCUUAUGUACAUCUUCUGUAUAAAGCUCUUGCUGCAAAGAUGAAAUCAA